AUGAAAAAUAAAACUUCAAUAACUUGUGUUUUCUUGCUUUGUCUGGGAUGUUUACUUGUGAUACAAAAUUAUCUAGAUGUAAGUCAUGAGUUGAUUUAUUUUUAGGGCUAAGAAACAUUUUUGGAAAGUUUAUCGUAAGUCACAGUUGAUAUUUGUGUUGAUAUUGGUAUAUGAAAAAUAUAUCUAUUAGAUUAUUAACCCACUUCAAAUGAAAUAUCAGAAGCAAAACGAUUAAGGGAGGAGUUAUUAUCCACUAAUCAUAGAAUAGGUUUAGAUAAUUUGGCUGAAAACAAUGGGAAAUCAUCAUCUGAACUAUAAUCGGAUGCAGUUUAAGCAGUGAUGUUUAUGUUACUUCCAUGGGCAAUACUAUUAGUAAUAUCAUUAUUCACUUACAUUACACUUAUGAUAUGUUGUAGUGAUUGGUAUAAUAAAAAUUUAAUUUAUCAGUUGUCCUUGUGGAUGUUGUAGGUGUUCUUAAGCCUAAAAAAUUGAUGAUAUCAGAAUACCCUUAACAUUUUCAAUAAUCUUUGGUGUUAUCAUCUUGGCUUUCUGUAUAGCAGGAUUAAUUUUGAGUGGUGAAGUUGGCAACUCUAUAAAAUCAAUGAAAUGUGCUGGAUUGAUGAUUUUUAGUGAUAUAAAUGAUGGAGUUACAGAUAGUGAUGAUGAAGAGAUGAAAAAAUGGAAAGGAUUAGAUUCUGUGAUAAAUAACAUAACCACUAUUUAAAAUGGAUUAGGUGGUUUUAUAUCAGAUACUUAAAAAUAAUUAGAUUAAAUAAAUGCUAAGUAAUUACAAGAUUAAUAUGGAGAGUUAUCUGAUGAAAAUAAAAAGUAUUAUAUUCGAUAUAUAUUAUAGACUUGAAGCAAUUCCAUUAACGACUUAUUAUGGAACCAAUAAUAUUCUUGGUUAUAUUUCAACAGGUAAAACAGUAAAUGCAGACUCAAUAGUGACGGAGGUAACAUAAAUUAAUGUAUUACCACAAUCAUCAAUAUUUUAAUAAAUUUAUGAGAAUAUUAUUAAAGAGAUUGCUAAUAUCAAAAGUUAUGGAUAAUAAUUAAGUGAUUAAUAGGAUGAUAUAUCUAAUAGUUUAGAAGAUACUAAAAAAUCAAUAUAAAAUACAUAAUAAAAUUUAUUGUAUGCAGCCAAUGAUUUUAUUGAUAAUACAUAAAUACUAGAUGAUGCAAGUGAUCUUGCCUCAUUAGUUUUUUAUAUUGUAUUUGGAGUUUUUGGAUUAUUCUCUUUAGUAAUUAUUUUUAGUUCAACUCUCCUCUGUUUUGGAAAAGGAUUAAAAUGUUUUAGAUGUUUAUUGGUUUGUGCUUGUACCUUUAAUUUUUUAUUUGUUUUGAUUGGAUUUAUUUUAAGUGCAGUUUUAGGAUUAACAAGUGGUGUGCUUGCUGAAGGAUGUGAUUAUAUUGAUGUAAUAUUAUCAAAUUAAACUAAAUUUGAAAGUUUAAAUUAUCUAGUUAGUGACAAAGAAAUUAAUGAUAUAAUGGCUGAAUGUUUAUUUAAAGAUGGUGACAUUCUCAAUUAUUAUAAUGUUUAUGACAGUCUACAAUAAGUAAUUAACUUAGAUAAUUCAAUAAGUUAGUUUGAAUAACAAAAAGCAGAAUUUAAUAAAUAAUCAGCAGAAGGAGAUAAAACUUUAAAAAUUAAUUAAGAUUAUAUCACUUCUUUUGUUACAUUUGAAAGAGUUGAUGAAAAAGAAUAUACACCUCCAUCUGAUUCUACAAAUAUUAAAUAUUUAAUGAGAGAAUAAGUUAAAGCAUGUAAUAAUAAUAAAAAGAGUUCAGUACCAGAUAAAAUGUCAUAUUGUGAUACAUCUGCUAUUUAAUAUUAACCUUUAUCUGGUUCUCCAUUUUCAAAUCCCAAUAAUCAACCUGUUUGUUUAUAAUCAGCUAUAUUUUCAAAAGAUUAAACAUUGUUAAAUCAAUAAAUUUCUGGUUGUCCUGAAAUCUCUACCAUAAGUUAAUUUUAUACUACUCAAUCUUCAUCCUGGAAACCAGCACAAGAUUAAGAAAAAACUAUUUUAGAUAAACAUAAAUAAAAUUAAGAUGCAUUGCUUGUUAAAUUUGAUGCCAUUACAUCAUAUACAACAGCAGCAUCAAAUUAUUUAAAAUCAAUUACAGAUAAAAACACAGGUUCAUUAUCAGGAGUCAAUUGUAAAUUUGUUUAAGUAUUUAUAUAAUAAUUAUUUAAUUAGUUAUCUAUUACAAGAGUUUAAAAUGCGAUGUGUGCUAAAUCCUUUAGAUUAUUUUAUUAUUUUUGGAUCUUCUUUGCAAUAAUUUCAAUCUCAAUGUGGUUAAGUGCAAUAAGUAUAUUUAGAGUAAGCAUUGGGUAAUAUAUUUAUAUAUCUAUUAACUUAGAAUCUAUUAUUUAUCAAAGAUAGAAGCUUAUUUAUAAGGUGAUUAUACUAAUGGAUAGUAUACUUAAGGUAAUAUACCUAUGCCUCUUCCAUAAUAAGAUAUAAGUGUAUAAUAAGGAUAUGUUUAAUAAGGUAUUGUUAAUUAACCUCAAAUACCCAAUAAUCCUUAUAUUUAAAAAGACAUUCAAAUCAAUUAUCAAUAACCAUAAUGA